UCCCAAUCUCUCUAUUUUUCACCUAUCUGUGUAUACAUUAUUUAAUUGGCGUUUUGUGUAUGAAGUCCCUCUAUUGGCAUGUUUAAAAAAAUUCCGAAAAUUUGCACUGUUAAAAGUGUUUUAAUUGAAGUCAACGUAAUAAAUUUCCAAGGUCAUUUGUUAUUUUAACUCAAGGGUUGUAAAUCUGGCCUCCAGAUAUUACUGCUCAAAUUUUUAGGUUUUCGAAAUAUGGCCUUUUUAAAAUUUAUUUUGAAAAACAUAGAUUUGAAAAAAAAACUAACACAUAACUUUUCUGGUGCUCUCAGGGUGUAAGUUGCAGUUGUGCUCUCUACCUAACACAGGUCAAAUACAUCUGGUUUUGAGAUAUGCGUUUUUUUAUGAAGUUUUCACUUUUUUUCCAGUUAACUUAGAUUUGAAAAAACUAACACAACUUGAAACUCUCAAUCCUAUGGUGAGGUGCUCUCUGGAAACACUCCCGGGUUACCCAUAUGUGUUUCAAAUUUGACUGAUCAAAGCUUCUAACAGACGAGAUUUUGCGAAUUCUUUCUUUUAAUUUAAAAAGAACCAUAGCAUUAAAAACACUCACAACUAUUGUGCUGCUGUCGGGAAACUACCGAAGGAUUACAAAUUUGGCUUCUUUUUGAAUGUUUGAGGUUUAGUUAUUGAGAUAUGAUAAUUUAAUUUAUGUUUUGAAUAAUUGCAGCUAUCUGAUUGAUCUUCUGAUUUUGUUUAAUUUCAACAAUCUAUAUGAAACAUCGUAGGUGCGAGUCAUGCGCUAGUUAAGUAAAAUUCUUGUUUCACAUAAAUCUAGCUUUUUCAUUAUUUAUGGCUCAAGGUGUUGAGUUUUGUGUAGUCAAUAUCUAUAUAUCUAAAUUGUCUUUUAGUCAGAAAAUUGGCGAAUAGUCUGAAAACGAAAAAAAUAUAAAAAGACCCAUUUUUGACAGACGGGCAAAAUUUUUGCUCUUUUUUGGAACCAAAAUCACGGCUGAAAGAGCUUUGAUAUAGUCCUAAAAUUUUAGCCGGCAGAGUUUUAGCGACAGGAAAAAAUGCCGAGCAUCUGCUCAAAGCUCGGCCUGAUUAGAAAUCGGCUUAGAAAUAAAAACGAUCGCGGUUAUAUUAACAAAACGUAUUAGUGCGAUCAGUGUUUUGCUUUUCUGCAUCAAUACAUUGAGUAACACAAAAUUGCAGAAUUGGCAAAUUUGGGCGGAGUAAGUAAAAAGACCCGCCAAAACUUUGAGUGCGUAAUAGUUCGUCAAGCAUAAAUAGUUCGCGUUACAUCUUCUUCUUUUGAAUGAUUCCGUUUUGAAUGAUUCUUUUAAAUUCGGUGUUUUAUGCGGUAAUAUGCACAAAUGCAGUAUGCGGUAAUAUGCGGCAUGCAGUAAUAUGCACAAAAUUAUUUUUAAUGAUACUGAUUGAAUGAUUGCUCAAAAGGUGCUAGGGAUUUUAGCAGACCUGUUUUCAGCAGACCAAUCUUUUAGCAGACUCAGAACAAUUAUAAAGUCAGGAAGCUAACUUCAAAUGCGGCAUUGGCGAUUAGUGACCGCUUGCUCCACUGCGCUUUAAUUCAACACGAGUGUUAUUGUGCGCGUAAAUCUUUGUUUUGCCGCUAAUUUAGACUGUUGUAAUUUUGAAGUUAAUAGUUUUGUUGACAAAUCGAGAGAUAAUUGUCUUAAUUCGGGAAGCUUGACCCCAGACUGAGCGUCAUUUCGAGUCUGUCAAUCAAUCAUGUAUCACUUUAUUACGCUGGUCUGCUGAAAGACUCAAUUUUUACUUUAAAUGCUAAAAUUUCGUCUGCUAAACGAUCGGUUCCCUAUUCAAAAUAAGUUUUCGAGGCUGACAUGCUAUUCAGUUCCGUUACGCUGCCUUACGUGAAAGUAACAUGAGCUGAUUGAGGGCGAUUUACAUUGUGUAGACAAAUUGAAGUCAACUUUCAAUCUAGCUGUCUCAUGGAAAAAAUGAAUUUAAAACUACAAUUAUGGGAGUAAUUGUACUGUUCGUGUCUGAAAUAUUUGUAUUGACGUAAAUUAGACGUAAGGGUUUUGUUCGUGUCUGAAAUUGGUUUGAUUACAAUUAACUUUCGUUCGAUCUUCCUAAAAUGCAAGUCAAUUUUUGAAAUGUCAAGUUUAUAAUAUUUGUAUUAAUGUUUUAUAAAUCAUUUGUAAUAAUUUUUUUUCAUGGGGUUAUAUUAUCUUCUUGUAUUUGUGAAGUUUUGUUUUAAGCAAUUGAUUUUGUUAGCCCUUUGCUUUCCGUCUAAUAUGCUUCUUUUGCAAAAAAAAAGUGAAACGUCUAAUUUCCGUUUUAUUGGAGCCGUCUAAUUUGCUUAUCGUUUAAUUUCCUAGCCCCUUCGUGAUUGGGGUUUAGGAAACUAUACGACAAGCAAAUUAGACAAUCAGAAAACUUAGAAUUUUAGAUGAUAACUUGCCCAACCACAAAUCAGGUUAUUAAUGUCGCAGCUGUAUAAUUUUUAAAAAGGUAAUUUAUUUUUUCAAUUAAAUGUUUAAUAAUUAUUUUAUAAUAAAAAUUUUGAUCGGUUCUGUGAUCAUAUACUCUUUUUAUUUUUGAGUAUUUUCCUUCUGAAAAAAAUGCUGUUAGCCCAGUUAUUAUCGUCUAAAUUUACAAAAAGUUAUUAGCUAAAUUCCGUUUUUUACUGUUGUGUAAUUUGCUUGUCUAAUUUCUUAGGACCCCUCAUGAAUUAUUAACCCCACUCCACCUAUAUGCGCAAGAUUGGUACCGUUCUUAUUUCAAGAUGUUUCUCUUUGAUGUUGCUAGUAGGUUUUCUGCUUUUUUUGGGUUGAUUGUAAGCCUAAGCGAGCUGAUUAGAUCAAUAAGUUUUCGUGAGGCGACAAUUCGUAAGAGGUUACAAUUCGUAACAGGCGACAAUUCGUAACAGUAGAUUGAGCGGGGAACACUGAUUCAAGCGCAGUAUUCCUCUCGUGCCGAUUGUAAGCGCAGCGAAGCGGAGCAAGCAUAUUCUACUUGCCAAUUCCUUGUUACGAAUUGCCGCUUGUGACGAAUUGUCGCCUGUUACGAAUUGUCGCUUGUUACCAAUCGUCGCCCUGCCAUAAGUUUUACAAGACGUGAAUCUAUAUUUUACGAACCCCUAUGUUUGCACAUUAUCUUCGGAUAUUUAGGAUUCUAUUUUACUGCUCUCAUCGUUCUUUAAAAUGAGAUACUAUAAUUUUGACAACUUUCGAUAAUGAUGAAUAGUUAGUUAUGUAUUACCUUUUAAAAUAAUUAAGAAACCAGUUUUUCAAAUCUAUUGACAGAUCGAUACGGAACAAUAUUGCUGGUUUGUUUUUAGUGUGCUAACAAAAUAUCAUUAGCAGUUUUUAGUAGUUUUUAGGCUCUUUUUUGACGAGAGCUCCGAAACUCCAAGAUGAUAUGAUAUUUUACAAACGGGGCUGUGAAGAUACUCAAUCUUAAAAAUUUUAUAUAAAAAAAAAGUGUUUGAGAUUGUUUGCAAUGGGUGAUCACAAAGCUGCUUACGAUAAAGUGAUUGAUCAGCUCAAUACAUGUGUGAUGAAAAUUGACCACUUCCAAGGCAUUGAUAUGCUGCCGAGGAAAUUCGAAGGGGCGCCUAACUGGCGACAAAUGGGCUCUCUGUUCGUGUUCGGGUCGGCACAGCCAACUUAUGAAGGCAUUCAGAAUGUUCUAGAACUUUACCAAAGCAUCGGGGUGAAGAAAGUGCUCUGGAUUAAUAUGAGGACAGAGCCUGUCGUGUAUGUACAGAAGAAGAGCUUUGCCCCGAGAUUGAAAGAAAAUCCGAAGGAAAAUCUGGAAAUCGAAGAUCUUUCGGUGGAUCAUAUCUUCGAGUUGGAGAACUACUUGAUUGAAAAAGUUCUCCUUCCAUCUAUCAAAUCAAACAGCAACUCAAUGCAUUACUUCCGUGACACUUACUCCUUGAUCCCGGCUGACCGAAUUGACACUGAGCAUACCAUGGCUGAUAUCAAAGAUGAUGACGUAGUGACCGUUUCAAGUAUGUACAAGCACGUAAAUAGAGAUGCGGUUGUGCCUAUUGAGUUUGUCCGUGUACCUAUAAACGAUGUACCCAAUGAAAGGGUUCCAGAAUUGGGCGACUUCGACUACUUGGUUGAAACUGUGUGCUCUAAAGUGGACAAAACAACAGCUGUUCACUGUAACUGUCAAAUGGGAAGAGGCAGAACGACAACGGGGAUGUUCAUUUGUGCUCUGAUUAUGUCAAAGAGUCAGCAUAAAACAAUUGAUGUUCAAUUAGUGGCUAAAAAAGAGAAAACGUGUGAAAAUGGGUAUUAUAGUUUUGUGAGAGAGCUUAUCAAACUGUGGCCUGAGGCUGAAAAUGUGAAGCUGGAAAUUGACGCAAUGAUGGAUUUAUGUGAUCAUCUGAUAAACAUGCGACAGUUCAUCUGGAAAUGCAAGACUGAGUAUGAAAACGAAUCGGGAAAAGGAAACCAAUCUAGAGCUGAUUUUUGGAGGAAUUUAGCAAUCAACUAUGUGGAGAGAUACGUUUACUUCAUUCUUUUUGGAAUGUAUUUGACGGAAAAUUUUUCUGCCGGUUCUGCUGGCGAAAAAUGCUCGACUUUCAAGACAUGGUGCGGAAGAAAAGAUGAUCUAUUUGUGAAGGUGAUAGGAAGAAAGCCAGGACAACGUGAAGACAUUGACAAAAUUAAUUCACUUCUAGGAAAUUUCAAGUGGGAUUAGGAUGGAAUAAAGCUUUCCAUUCUAAAUCAAUCAACCUAGCUCGAUUUGGAACGACUUGGAACUGGUGCUUAAAUCUUUCUCUUGCCUCAAUUGACAUAAACUGUUUUAUAAGUUUAACUAUUGAAAAGUUUGUAAAUAUUAUAAUGCACGUAGUUACUUAACAUAAUUGUUUGUAGUUUAAAUUGAAAUUUUUGCAUUUCUGUCUGACGGUCCGAAUAGCCUGAAUUUUAGAAUGAUGAGUUUUUUUUCCUGUGGUAAAUUUAUUUUAAAAAGGAUUUUUAGAUGAUGCCCAAAAAGCUAGAAGUUCACAAUGGCAAAAUAACAGUUGACGAAAUCAAACAGCUUUCUCGUGAGUUUGAUCUUGAGAGCGUCCACUCGCUCAAUUUAUCCGGAAGAGGCUUAAAUGACCUCAGUGACCUUGAAUACUGUCCUUAUCUGGAACGCUUAGACCUCUCGGAUAACAAACUAUGUCGUCUUCAGUGGAUCCAAGACCUGACAAUGCUGGUUCGUCUUGAUGUUUCCAAGAAUCAACUGUCAAAUCUGGAGUCCCUUCGAAAUAUGGAGAAUCUUAAGUUUCUUAACGUCAGUGCCAAUGCAAUUUCAGCCUUCGAUGCGAUUCUCAGUUUGAAACACUUGACUGUGUUAAGUCAGAUAUAUUUCCGAGACGGGGAUUCAAAAUCAAACCCAAUAUGUGAGAAGUCAGGGUACCCGGAGUACAUAGUGGAAAUGUUGCCUCAAGUGAAGUUGUUGGAUGGGGAGAAAGUGAGAGGAGAGGGCGCGAAGUUCUUCUACUCGAUAAACAAUCUGUUGAAAAGUGAAUCUGAAAAGGGUUUAAAGGAAAAGACAACUGCUUCUUCUAUAGAAGUUCCCCUAGUGGGCGAGGGAUCAGGAGGGAGUGAGGUGAACAGACACGUGAAGGAAAUUACAGCCAGGACUGAAGCAGAUGACAUGGUAGAGGAUGCACUAGUCAAAUUCAGUCGGUUAGUUGAGCAGUGCAAUGAGUUGAGCGAGGCUGCCAGGGAUAAAGUCACGUGGGCCACUAGAAAGAUAAAGAAUAGCUGAUAAUAUUCUAGCAUGGGUUCCAGAAUAGCAGCUGCUUGUACUUAAGAGUCGGAUCUUCGAAGUUUCAGGGGACAAGUUCAGCGCUCAUCGAAGAAGGCAAGAAACUUGCGAGUUAUUUCGUGUAGAAUAAAUGUUAUUUAAACUUGAAAUUCUUGUAAAAAGGUGUAUAAAAUUUGUAGAUUCAAUUUGUUUUACAUUGUGCAUAUAAUAUUCUAGACUCUAA